GACAGAUGGCGCCAGCUGAAACUAUCGAUAAUGCAUCGAUUGCUUUGGUGCCUUAGUGUGUUUGUGUGAAAGUACCUGUGCCUUCGUCACCUCGUUUAAUAGUUUUUUUGUUUUAUUAAAAUUGCCAUGUUUGCAGCUGUUUCGUAUAUUUAAAAUUGAAGUAGCUUCGUCGGUAAUAAUAUCGCACACACAACAGGCAUAAGCAUUAACUGGACAGGAACAGCAGUAUUAAAUUUGCUGCUCAUUUUGCUGCUACCGGUGCUUGAGUUUGUGUGCGUGUGUGUUGCGUGUGAGCGCCGUCAUCGGUGGGAAGAACUAUUGAUAAUAAGCAGUGCGCGCUCGCAUUAUUUGGGUCGCAGCAUGGAGGGCGAGAAUGAUGUAUACGAUGACAUGAAUCUGUACAUAACCCAGGAGAGCUUCGUGGUCGAGCCUAAUGGACAGGAUGAGCUAUUGGUUAUUGGCCGCCUGGAUAAGGUAACAAGAGUGCAGCCCAAGACUACACAGCUGGUUAAUCAACGACCAACAAGACGAAUCUGCGGAAUCCUGGGCACAAUACAUUUGCUAAGUUGCGACUAUUUGCUGGUGGCAACCCAUCGCAUUUUCGUUGGCGUUCUUAACAAUGCGAUCGUAUGGCGGUUGGCUGGUUACGAUAUUAUACCCUACAUUCCCAAUGCAAUUCAACGUUCAGAGAAUUCCAUUUUCUUGAAAAUGUUGCGCCAAACGCUGGACACUAAAUUCUAUUACUUCUCAUACCGUUACGACCUGACGCAGAGUCUGCAACGGCAACAAAAUAAUAAGGCAUCAAAUGCGGCGCCAGGCCUGCUGCAACGUGCUGAUGAACGAUUUGUGUGGAAUCGUUAUGUGUUAGACCAAUUCAAAUGCAAUAAUAUGCAACGCUUUCAGUUGCCAAUUAUGCUAGGCUUUGUAUCGAUCAACCAAGUGCAAAUCAAUGGGCAGACCUUUUUCUGGAGUAUUGUCACCCGGAGAUCUGUGGAGCGUGCGGGCACAAGACUCUUCUGUCGUGGCAGUAACGAUUUGGGCCAAGUGGCGAACUACGUGGAAACGGAGCAGAUUGUCGAGUUCAACGGACAACGUACAAGCUUUGUCCAGACUCGUGGCAGCAUGCCGUUUCAAUGGCAGCAGCUACCCACCUUGCGCUAUAGUCCCAAACCGCGGCUGAUACCCGGCAAGGAUUAUUUGGCCGCAUGUAGAGCACAUUUCGACGCACAGGUCAGCUUGUAUGGCAACAUAGUGGCAAUUAAUUUGGUAAACCAAAAAGGAGCCGAGGGCGAGCUGGAGGCAAUAUAUGCUCGACUUGUACGCGAAUUGGACAAUCCUUCAGUGCGUUAUGAGCCAUUUGACUUUCAUCAUGAGUGUCGGAAAAUGCGUUGGAAUCGACUAAAUAUACUAAUCGAUCGACUCGCAUAUGAGCAGGAGAGCUUUGGUUUCUAUCAUGAUUUCGACAAUGGCGCCUUAGUAUCGACGCAACAGGGUGUGUUCCGUACGAACUGCGUCGAUUGCCUCGACAGAACCAAUGUGGUGCAGAGUAUGCUGGCACGUCGCUCCCUUACCGCCGUUCUGCAAAAGCUGGGUGUGCUGCAUGUUGGCCAACUUGUCGAGAACGCCUCCACCAACUUUGAGUCGCUAUUCAAGGGAAUUUGGGCGGACAAUGCGGAUCUAAUCUCCGUGCAAUAUUCGGGUACAGGUGCUCUCAAAACGGACUUCACCCGGACCGGCAAACGCACCAAGGCCGGUGCUCUUAACGAUGGCAAGAACUCGCUAAUGCGAUACUAUUUGAACAAUUUUGCAGAUGGUAGGCGGCAGGAUGGUAUUGAUCUGUUCUUGGGUAACUACAUUGUCAAUGACAGCAAUGCUGUCAUCCAGCCAACGCCAUUGGAAACGCCACGCGGCUGGCGGUACUUUAUGUUCCCAUCAGUACUCAUCAUCGCUGUAGCCAUGUUUGUUGUUACAAUGACAUAUCCAUCCGAAUUCAAUACGGAAAACUUGCUGUUCAUGCUCUUCUGGGGUGCUAUGAUCGCUGUGAGCGCCACUGGCAUUUUGCAUUACGGCGUGGAAUUUGUGCAAUGGCCGCAGCUUUUUCCACUCAUAUCCUUUCAUUCCGCCUGACGUUAGCCUCGUUUAGUCGCUCAACUCUAUUGCAUGGCCUUCCAAGUUUGCUUGCUUCUAGGCACCCUGAAAGACACUGCAUAUAAUAAAUAUACGAAGCAAAAUUCCUGUAUUUAAUGCUCUCCCACUAUGUAUUUUGUGUUAUACACGCCCUAUUUCUCUUUCCUCUUUGUUGCCAUUAAGCUUUUUAGUUAAACUUGUUCUUAGCUAUGUGACUAGGCUUCUUCCAGCUGUAGCCGCAGCAGCAGCAGCAGCUGCAACAGCAGAAGCAGCAGCAGUAACAGCAGCUUGAAAGGCACAACCACAGAGGCAGUGACCGUAGCAGCGCCACUUAAAAUUACAUUUACGUGUAGCUCAAUAAAUUUGUGUAGAAAAAUUUCGGGAAUUGAAUAAAGGAUUUUAGAUAUAAACGAAACCCCAAAAUAAAUGCAUUUCAAUUCU